AUGGGAAACCUGUUUAGUACAGUCACAUCCGCAGACGCGGCUGCAACUGUGCAUCCCAAAAAUGACCCCGUCGCUGCCACUUGCGGCCCCAUCACCGCCACCUGCGGCCCCGACGCCGCCACCUGCGGCCCCGUCGCCGUCACCUGCGGCCCCGUCGCCGCCACCUGCGGCCCCGUCGCCACCACCUGCAGCCCCGUUGCCGCCACCUGCGGCCCCGUCGCCGCCACCUGCGUCCCCGACGCCGUCACCUGCGGCCUCGUCGCCGCCACCUGCGGCCCCGUCGCCGCCACCUGCGGCCCCGUCGCCGCCACCUACGGCCCCGUCGCCGCCACCUUCGGCCACGCAGCCGCCACCUGCGGCCCCGCCGCCACCUGCGGCCCCGUCGCCGCCACCUGCGGCCCCAUCGCCGCCACCUGCGGCCCCGUCGCCGUCACCUGCGGCCCCGUCGCCCUCCCCUAG